AUGGACGUUUCAGCACAACUUGAAGCUCAAAAAUCCAAAUAUAAAUCAAUAAAUGUCGAAAAACAAGUUCCUUUACAAUUCGAUCUCGGAUUAUUAGCUGGAUUCGAUGUAAAUGCUUUGGAAGAAAAUAAAUUAAAAGUUGAAACUGAUAAUUACUUAAAAUCCUAUACCCGUGACGGUACCCAACUCUUAAUCAAUGAAAUAUUCCGACUUCCUCUAACUUCGGUACAGGAUGUCGGUGUUGUUGCCGAGUUACCAAAGAUUGUUACCGCUAUUCCACGAGAGAAACCUUUGCCAAAACCAAAGCCGCCGACACGCUGGGAACGAUUCGCAAAACUUAAAGGCAUUAAAAAGAAUAAAAAAAGUAGAUUGAUUUAUGAUGAGAGAAGAGGAGAAUGGGUUCCUCGGUGGGGAUAUAAGGGCACAAAUGAUGAUGGCGCUAAUGAAUGGUUGAAUGAAGCACGCCAUCGAAGAAACAUAGAAGAAGUAGAAAUUGAUGCAAGUCAACAAUUAAACAGUGCACAGCCACAGCUUAAAAGCAAAGUCAAUGCAAAGGUUCUAAAGAAAACAGAAUUGCGCCGACAAAUUACCAUGGCCAAAACAUCAACUGCUAGUCUUGGGAAGUUUGAUAAGCCUGUUAAAGGCGAACCAUCAAAUACGAAAGGCGCUAAAAGAAAGUUCGAAUCGAACCUUGGAGACAUACAGAAAGAAAAAGAAGCUAGGUUAAGUAUACUUAAUAAAAUAAUUGACAAAAAAGGCGAAAUUUUAAACGUUAGAAAGGCAAUUGCGAAAAAUAACCAACAAAAUUAA